UGUAACAAAGGACAAUUGGUUUGGUAUUACUUGAGCAUAAAACAGGAUUGAUUACAAGCAACACAUAUUGUGUUGCAGUGGGAAGUAAUCAAGUUAAGACUGACGUUUAUGUACAGUGUAAUGUAUUAACACUGUAAAUAAUAGUGAGGCAGUUCAGAAGGUCUGCCUGUGUAACCUCUUGGAGGCAAUAAAGCAGUUACUCUUGCCAGUUGCUGAAUUAAGACAAUACUUAAAAAAUACCUGUAAAGUUAAAUAUGGGGAGAGCAAGACUCCCCCUAUGUACUUUCUUGCAUAAGCUAUUCAAAACAUAGCUAAUAUGAAUUAACACAAAAUUAAACAUCAUCACAGGCAUUGAGAGCUUAUUAACUAUAGAGCUGAAUGUGCCUCAACUGCCAACUGCACAGGCACAAGCAGCAUGCCAGACCAUAGAAUGGAAGUACUGUCUGCCGAAAUGUCUUUUUUGUAGAUCUUUGCAGUGCCCGAUACAUAUAAAAACACACAGAACUGUUUCUGUAAAUGCUGCCUUGGCUCAAUGCCACAGCUGCAGUUACAGAGCUUGGCUACAGAGCCUACAACAAGUGUACCGAAAACACGAUCACUCCUCAGAUCCAGAUAAAGUGGUCUCCAGCACUCUGAGAGUAAUGAAUUGAUAAAAAGCAGAAAACAGAAAACCGGGAGCAAGUAAUGAAGACAAGCUCUUCUGCCUUUGCUUUCCUUGUGCCUUUGCUUCCAUCCAGAAACCCACCAUGGCGCUGUGGCUGAUGACUCGCCGAUGACCAGUUCACGGGCUCGAUGGAGACGAACGUGGUGAUCAGACAUGAUGGCCAGAUCAUGUGGGACUCUCCAGCCAUCACCAAGAGCUCCUGCAAGGUGGAUGUCUCCUUCUUCCCCUUUGAUGCCCAGCAGUGUCGGCUGACCUUUGGCUCCUGGACAUACAAUGGCAAUCAAAUCGAUAUCCUGAAUGCGCUGGACACCGGGGAUCUGACUGAUUUCGUGGAGAAUGUGGAGUGGGAAGUCCUAGGCAUGCCGGCCAAGAAGAGUGUUAUCCUGUAUGGUUGCUGCUCUGAUCCCUACCCCGAUGUUACUUACACUCUCAAUCUGAAGAGGAGGGCUUCCUUCUACGUCUUCAACUUGCUCAUCCCCUGUGUCAUGAUCUCCUUUCUGGCCCCGCUUGGUUUCUACCUUCCUGCAGAUUCUGGGGAGAAGGUUUCCCUGGGAGUCACUGUGCUGCUGGCUCUCACUGUCUUUCAGCUGCUGGUUGCUGAGAGCAUGCCCCCUUCGGAGAAUGUGCCACUCAUUGGAAAAUACUACAUUGCCACAAUGACCAUGAUUACUGCCUCAACUGCGUUGACCAUUUUCAUCAUGAAUAUCCACCACUGCGGCCCGGAAGCCAAGCCAGUACCCAGAUGGGCCAAAAAGGUCAUCCUGCAGUAUAUGGCCAGAAUCUUCUUUGUGUAUGAAGUGGGUGAGAACUGCACCAGCCCCCAGCCCGAAAAACCAGAGCCCAGUUCUCAGACCAGCACGGGCUGGACCAUGAAUGGACAAGCCAGGAAAGACGACUUUGUGCUGAAGGUGAGGAGGAGUCAAGAGGGCCUGGCUCAAAAGAUUCAGGCCCUCAAAGACGAGAUAGAGCAGGGUGUGAGCCCCGAUGGUACUGGUGGGGAACACCCCACCAAAACCUACGGCUCCUGGAAGGAGGAGGGGACAUUUGUCAGUUUAGACCACGGAGACUUGAAUGGUAGAGGAGGAAGUGUUAAAGGUAAGGAGGCAGUUUGCAAAGCCCAGUGUCUGUGCCACCAUCAGCAGCUAUUAAGGAACAUUGAAUACAUCGCCAAUUUCUACCGAGACCAGAGGGCCACCCAGAAAAGGACUGGUGAGUGGAAGAAGGUGGCCAAGGUCAUGGACCGCUUCUUCAUGUGGAUCUUCUUCAUCAUGGUGUUCUUCAUGAGCUUGCUCAUCAUGGGAAAGGCCUUAUGAGGGAUGAAGAAUGGGCAAAAACCAUUGAAAUGACUGUUGACCAUUCAGUUGGAAAAUUAAUGUCUCAGUAGUAAACAUCCGUGGAAAGCAGUAAGAAACUAAGGGGUUACUUUUGUUUUGGUCUAAGUCUUAGAGCACUGUUACCAAGUAGUUUCUCCCAACUUUCUAAUGCUGUUCCGAAUUAGGUUGAGCAACCAGUUUCUGGCGAAUAUCAAGCCAAAAGAACCACCUUCCCAAUGUCCCAAAAACCAAUAAAUAACUGAAUUGCAAAAGAAUGAAAAUAUGCUUUCUGAAAGUAUUACUUAUGUGUAUUAUGAAAAAUGUAAUAAAGUACCUUCCUUUUUAUAAUGUA